GCAGCCAUAUAAGACUAGUGGGCGGGAACCUUAUGAAAUAUUCAUAAGCCCCCUGCGCUUCAGCCAAUCAGCAAUCAGACGUCCCAAUGACUGGCAGCGAGAAUCCGCCCCUACGCGGUGACGCAAUUCGCAGGGCAGCCCGAUGCUAAUGUGCGGCGUGAAGCGUGAUGACGUAGGCGCCCCUGCGGGUCCCGAUUGCUGCAGCCGCUUGUCAGUGUGACGAAGAUUGGCACCGGGUGCUCAGGGAUCGGCAGCCGUGAGAUGUGGUCAGCCAUCGGGACAGUAUGAUGUCCACUGAGCAAAUGGGCAUGGAGGACUACCCGGAGGAUCCGCAGAUACAGGUUGUCACUCAGUUCAAGACAGAGCAGGAUUCUGUGAGUGCGGAGGCGUCAUCUCAGAGCCCGGCGGCAGGAGACAGCCCCAUGGAGACAGACAAGCAGUCUAUAUACAGGCACCCGCUCUUCCCGCUGCUCGCCCUGCUCUUUGAGAAGUGUGAGGGCUGCACUCAGGGCUCGGAGACCACCACCUCCGCCAGCUUUGACCUGGACAUUGAGACUUUUGUGAGGCGACAGCACAAGGAGGGCAAAGAUUUCUUCUCAGACGACCCCGAGACGGACAGCCUGAUGGUGAAGGCCAUUCAGGUGCUGAGGAUCCACCUGCUGGAGCUGGAGAAGGUGAACGAGCUGUGCAAGGAUUUCUGCAGCCGCUACAUCUCCUGCCUGAAGACCAAGAUGAACAGCGAAACGCUGCUGAGCGGGGACCCGGGAGGACCCUACUCCCCCGUACAGAGCGGGAUCAGUGGGAUCAGCGGCGCCCUAAGCCCUCAGGGGAUUGUCGUUCCGGCCUCCGCUCUCCAGCAGGGAAAUGUAGCAGUGGCCACUGUAUCAGGUGGCACUGUGUACCAGCCUGUGACUGUAGUCACCCCGCAGGGGCAGGUUGUAGCUCAAGCGUUGUCUCCUGGUACCAUCCGAAUCCAGAACUCACAGCUCCAGCUUCAACUCAGUCAGGAUCUCGGCCUCUUACACACGGACGAUGGAUCUGGAAAGAAUAAGCGCGGAGUCCUUCCCAAACAGGCCACCAACGUCAUGAGGUCCUGGCUCUUCCAGCACAUUGGGCAUCCGUACCCGACCGAGGACGAGAAGAAGCAGAUCGCAGCCCAGACCAACCUGACCCUGCUGCAGGUGAACAACUGGUUUAUCAAUGCCAGACGCAGAAUCCUUCAACCAAUGCUGGAUUCAAGCACAACCGAUACCCCGAAAUCCAAGAAAAAGAGCGGGCAGAGCCGCCCAGUGCAAAGGUUCUGGCCCGACUCCAUUGCGGGGGGAACACCGCAGCAAGGAGAAGACAUGGCCCUAUCUGAUG